UGUGCCUGUGCUUGCAACCCCAUCUCUGCUUAUACGGCCGGCGCACACAUGUUGCAAACAGUCCCACACCCCUUUUGCGUAUAUAGUGUAAGACCACCAUCCUGUCUCUACCACGUACCAUCUGCAGAAUGGCCGCCACGACCGCCAGGCCAAGCGUCGUCCCCAAGAAAGACCUCGAAAGCUUCCAGGAACACUUGAACAAAUCAACACGCAUUCUAGCUCUUUUAGGUGCUGGGCUAUCAGCUUCUUCUGGGCUGCCUACCUUCAGAGGGGCAGGUGGACUUUGGAGAACCCACGAUGCCACCUCUCUAGCAACACCAGAGGCAUUUGGCCGUGAUCCAGGCCUGGUAUGGCAAUUCUACAGCUAUCGCCGCCACAUGGCCCUGGGAGUCAAGCCAAACCCUGCUCAUUAUGCCCUCGCCGAGCUAGCCAGGAAGAAGAACUUCCUCACAUUGAGCCAAAAUGUUGAUGGCCUCUCACCUCGCGCGAGACAUCCUGCGGACAAACUCAAGCUCCUGCACGGCUCGCUCUUCGAUGUCAAAUGCUCAGACUUCUUCUGCGACUACCUGGAGAAGAACAACUAUACCGACCCAAUCGUGCCCACAUUGGCUAUUCCUACUGAUGAAUCAGAUCCCACCACCAAUUCAGCACUUGCUGCCCGAGAGCUCGACAUCUCAGACGAGAACGUCGCGAUCCCCGAACUCGACUACGACCACCUCCCCAAGUGCCCUAAGUGCAAGCGCGGCCUCCUGCGCCCCGGCGUUGUAUGGUUCAACGAGCGACUGCCAAGCGAUGUAUUGGAGGACGUCGACACGUGGAUGGAUGAAGAUGACAUUGACCUCAUUAUGGUUAUUGGCACAAGCGCGAAGGUCUACCCCGCCGCUGGUUAUGUUGACAUCGCGCGCCGCAAGGGUGCACGAGUUGCUGUCAUCAACAUGGAUAAAGGUGACGCUCCCGCCAGCGGUCUGUACUCUCGGGACUGGUUCUUCGAGGGUGACGCUGCACAGAUCGUGCCUGAGCUCUUGAAGAGCGUCAUUGGCGAGACCAAUACAGAGGAGCUAUCAGAUGCUGCCCAGUAGUCCUGGCGUGCCGGGUGGCGUGCGUUCUGGGUCAAGUGGCAUGGAUUCUGGGCUGAGGAGCGGCCGUCACUGUCUGAUGAGGUAUGGUUCUGUCUUCGCACAACGUUUGUGUGGUGGACCACCAUCUGGUAUACCACGAAGUACGUGUAUAAGUGUGAUUAGAACAAAGUUCUGUCACACAACUCAGGACAUUACUUGGAUACAAUUGGUCUCAACCGAGGGAUGAUAGUUCCUUUUGAAAAGAUUGGAAACGGAUGACAUUGAGUGCAGCAACGAUACAAGAAUUCAUGAGCUUACGAUAGUACGCAUUUUGAUCAUCAAAGAAAACCCUUGGC